AAAUUUCAAGUAGUGUGCGUCCCCACCUCUGGCUUAGCCUGCCGAUAAUAAUUGUAUGAAGAACAAGAGGGAACGGUAGGUGAAAUCAGGGUGCGCGCAAAGAGAGAGAGAGGGGAUGGAAGGGGUUUCGUGGAAGUCGCCGAUACUGGAAGGAGCAUAUGACGUGUGUGGAUGGCUGGCCUUCAUAUUCUGGUCCGGCUGCUUAUACCCUCAGCUGUUCUUGAAUUUCCGAAGGAAAAGCGUGGUGGGUCUGAACUUCAACUACGCUUUGAUGAACAACACCAAGCACACUGUGUAUUUCAUCUACAACGCUUGCUUCUACUUCAGCCCCCAGGUUCAGUCUCAGUACCGCUCCAAAUAUGGACUUCGCCAGAUGAUACCAGUGGCAGCAAACGACGUGGCGUUAUCGUUUCACUCAGUCGUGUUGACACUGCUCACCCUCUUCCAAAUUGCAAUUUACGACUUAAUCGUGUGGGUGUUGCAGCGCGGAAACCAAGCGGUGUCCAAAUUCACCAUUAUUAUGCUUGUUGGGGUGUGGCUGGGUGUUGUUGUUUGUUACUUCGUGGCUCUCCCUUCUCACUCUUGGCUCUGGUUUCUCUCCGUCUUAACCUCCAUUCAAGUGUGUAUGACCUCUAUCAAAUAUAUACCCCAGGCAUUGAUGAACUGUUUGAGGAGGAGCACGGAGGGUUUCAGCAUUGGUUAUGUCCUGCUUGAUUUUUCUGGAGGAACCUUGAAUUAUGCCCAAAUGAUUAUGCAGUCCAUCGAUCAAAAUUCGUGGGUCAACUUAUACGGGAACAUUGGAAAAGUCUUGCUCUCUUUGGUAUCAAUGUCGUUCGACGUGGUGUUCAUGUGCCAACAUUAUUUGCUGUACCCAAGCAAAAAAGAAUCCCAUUCCUCCAAGUUGGAUCAAGAGAUCGCAGAACCACUGGUGACUGACGGAGAUAUUUCUGCUGUUACGAUUCCCCAUAAGUCACCCACCACACACGCUGUGAAAACAGUUUAAUUUAUGUAUUAUAGAAAAAAAGUCAAUCUGUAGGGUGCAAGUGUGUGAAAAGUCCAUCAUUUGUAAAUGAUAAUCAUGUACAAAUUAAUAUGUUCGUUAUGAACGUGGGACCUAUUAUUUACGUUACGCUCAAUUUCUUGGUCAUAUUUAUUUGCAUUUGCCGUUUGUUA